GCCGGGGCCGGGGCCGGGGCCCGGACCGGCGGGCGCAGCGCCCCCUGGGCGUGCAGGUUGCUGGGUGGUGAGGGGCGCGCGCGGGCUGCGGGGACGCGCGGGCGGCCUGGCCUGCGCGCCAGUCUGCGGGAGCCAUGCGGCCGACAAGGAGGAGCGCGUCCUCCCAGCCGCGCGGGCAGAAUAGGCCCGGCGCCUCCCGGGCUCCCGCCGCCGCCGCCUCGGCUCGCGGCGACACCCGCGCACAGCGCCCCGCGGGCCAAACCGGGGGCAGGAGCCGGGCGGCGAAGCCGCGGCCGAGGCCGUCGUCGCCGCGGGCCCAGGAGGCGGGCCCCGGGGAGCCGCCGCCAGAGCCGGCGCUGCCGCCGCCUCCGAUCCCGGCGACUCCGACGUCCUCGGUGGCCGCGCUGGACCUGGGCGACCAGCGGGAGCGCUGGGAGACGUUCCAGAAGCGGCAGAAGCUCACCUUCGAGGGCGCCGCUAAGCUGCUGCUGGACACCUUCGAAUACCAGGGCCUGGUGAAACACACAGGAGGCUGCCACUGUGGAGCCGUUCGCUUUGAAGUUUGGGCCUCGGCAGACCUGCACAUCUUCGACUGCAACUGCAGUGUUUGCAAGAAGAAGCAGAACAGACACUUCAUUGUUCCUGCUUCUCGCUUCAAGCUCCUGAAGGGAGCGGAGAGCAUAACCACGUACACGUUCAACACUCACAAGGCGCAGCAUACCUUCUGUAAGAGAUGUGGGGUGCAGAGCUUCUACACACCCCGCUCCAACCCCGGCGGCUUCGGAAUCGCCCCCCACUGCCUGGAUGAGGGCACUGUGCGGAGCAUGGUCAUCGAGGAAUUCAAUGGCAGCGAUUGGGAGAAGGCCAUGAAGGAGCACAAGACCAUCAAGAACAUGUCUAAAGAGUGAGCGCCUGCUUUCUCCCUUUCUGGAAAGGAGGAACGAUGGGGCCACAGCGUGGCUGCCCCCUCCGCGCUCCGUGGUGCCGGAGAGCGUGGCUGCCCCAGGCUGCCGGGCCCAGGCGGCCGCCAGCUCCAGCUCUGCCCUCGGCUCCAGCUGCGUCUCCGUAGGCAGCUCUUUGUCCUCCGUCAGCCCGGACUUCCACGUAGACUAGUUGACAUCCUCUUUCUCUUCCCAACUUUUGUGUGAUCUUUUAGAAAAAUAAAUAUUUUAAUAUUAAAGCAGUUACAGGGAU